AUGGAUUCCAAUACCUUCCAGAAUGAAUUCAUUUGUUCCGUUUGCAUGAAUUACUUUAUAGACCCGGUCACCAUAGGAUGUGGGCACAGCUUUUGUAGGCCUUGUCUCUGUAUCUGCUGGGAGGAAGCCCCACAUCCUCCUAGCUGCCCUGUGUGCAGGACAACAUCACAUGAAAUAAUCUUGAAAACCAACAUCGUAUUGAAGACACGGGUGUUUCUUGCCAGACGGGCAAGACCAUACCAAUUACCCAGUUCUGCAGAAGACAUCUGUGGGAUACACAGAAAAACUAAGAACUUCUUCUGUGAGGUUGUCAAGGACGUGCUCUGUUCACUGUGCUGUAAGUCUAAGGAGCAUGUGGGUCACCGACACUGUUCCGUUGAUUGGACUGCUGAGGAAUACAGGCAAAAGCUCCUGAAGCAAAUGAGGUCUGUGUGGGAAAAGACACAAGAAAAUCAGAGAAAUCUAAACCGAGAAACCAGCGUAAUUCAAAUGUGGAUGGAUUACGUGAAUCUACGGAGGAAGAUGAUUCGUGCUGAGUACUGGAAAGUGUGCCAAUUGCUCUAUGGGGAAGAGCAACACUAUUUAGAGAGACUGGAAAAGGAAAGAAAAGAGAUUUUUCAACAACUCAUGGAAAGUGAAGACUGUAUGGCCCUAAAGGGGAAACUCCUAAGAGGAAUGUAUGAGGAACUGAAGGAAAUGUGCCAUAAACCAGACAUGGAGCUGCUCCAGCAUUUUGGAACCACGUUGAAAAGGAGUGAGUCUGUGCAGCUUAACAUGCCCCAGCCUGUGAACCCAGAGCUCAGUUCCUGGCCCAUCACUGGACUGAUAGACAGGCUCAACCAAUUCCAAGUAUAUAUUUCCUGGGAAGAUGAAAUAGCCGCUUGUCACGUGCCCCUGUUUGAAGAUCUGAGACAUUUGCGCUCUACUCCUGCUCUUCUCGAUGUUGUCCAUAAUCCAACAAGGUCAAAGUGUUUCCUCGCAUGGGGAGCCCAGCCGUUCACUUCUGGCCGACAUUACUGGGAGGUGGAUGUGGGGGGGUGUGGGAACUGGAUCAUUGGAUUUUGUAAUGAUUCCUGGACAAAGAGGAAUGACAUGAUGGUUAACUCCGAGGGGAUUUUUCUACUUUUCUGUGUCAAGGAGGAGACUUGCUGCCGUCUCUUUACCUCCUCCUCACUCCUGCCUCACUACGUGGAAAGGCCUCUCGGCCCCGUAGGGGUGUUCCUGGAUUAUGAAUGUGGUACACUGAGCUUUGUUAAUGCGGCCCAUAGUUCCCUCAUCUGUAGUCUCUUCUCCUGUUCCUUCUCUUCUUCUCUGCGACCUUUCUUUUGCGCUGGAACCACAUGA